GGCAUAUAUGGAAGAAUCCUUAAAGAAGAGCCAAACGCCUUAAAGAACGUAACCUAAUUUAAAUAGGUAAAAAAGAAAAAAGGAAAAAAGGAAAAAAGCCAUCUCCGUCAUGGCUGGAAAGUUUCUGGAAAUGACGGAGAAAUAAAAGAGAUUUCAUCACUCCCAACCUCUAAAAAAUGGAAGCCGAAGGUCUCUUAGCCUCGUCUUCCUCUCUCCGUCUUUCUCUCUUCUCUGACGUAUCCAGGUUGCCGGAAAGUAGCCAGUCUACCUAUUUAAUUUUGGAAUAGGGAUGUAGCUUUCAGAUACAAAUCAUUCAUUCCCUGUGUUCUUCCCUAUGCAUAAUUCUUCACGCACACGUUUUCUUUCUUUAAACCUUCCCCUUUUCUUCCCCUUUUACCUUUUCUCCAUCAAAUCUUUUUCUCUCCUGUCGCCCACCCACAGAUAUGAUUUCCUCUCCCAAGAACAUAAAAACACCCAUUAAAAUUCCCUUUCCGUCCAUACCUCUUUUAUAGGAAAAACAAAAACAAAAAAAAAACCCCAUUUCACAAGACACCAUGGUUCUGCGAAACCUGAUUCUUCUCGGAUUCGUAAUUGUUUGGCUUCUCGUGAUGAUUCGGGUGCUUCUUUUCAAGACGGGGUUGAUUUAUAUCGUGAAGAAAUGGUGGAGAUGGAUCGAGGAUUGUUUUCAUGUGAACCAGUUCCUCAAAGUCCCCGAAUACAACGAGAGCAUGCAGGAGAAUCAGCUUUAUAAGAAAGUGUCGCUUUAUCUUAAUUCCUUGUCUACCCUCGAAGAUUCCGACUUCACCAACCUAGUCACCGGGAAGAAGCCGCACGACAUCGUUCUCUGCCUCGACCCCAACCAGACCGUCGAGGACAACUUUCUCGGUGCCGUCCUAACCUGGACCAACGGCGACAACGUCGAACAAAACGGUUGCAGAAGCUUCGUGUUGAAGGUCAGAAAGGCCGACAAGCGCAGAAUCCUCAAGCCGUAUCUCCAGCACAUCCACACGGUGGCCGACGAAAUCGAGCAGAGAAAGCAGCGGGACUUGAAGCUCUACCUGAAUAUCAAACACCCAGACGAAGACGAAGAUCUUCAUCAUCAGCAUCUUCAUCGCCGCGGUGCAGGUCACGUACGGUGGAGAUCCGUUCCCUUCACGCACCCUUCGACGUUCGACACUAUCGCCAUGGAAGACGAUCUCAAAAACAAGGUGAAGUCCGACCUCGAAUCCUUCCUCAAAGCCAAACAGUAUUAUCACCGGCUAGGCCGCGUUUGGAAGCGGAGCUUCCUCUUAUACGGCCCCUCCGGGACUGGGAAGUCGAGCUUUGUGGCGGCGAUGGCUAAUUUCCUAUCCUACGAUGUCUACGAUAUUGAUCUUUCGAAGGUUCUGAACGAUUCCGAUCUGAAUUUUCUUUUGUUACAAACGACGAGCAAGUCUAUCAUUGUUAUGGAAGACCUCGAUCGGUUUCUGAUUGAGAAAUCAACGGCCGUGAGCUUGUCGGGCGUGUUGAACUUCAUGGAUGGGAUAUUAAAUUCGUGCUGCGCAGAAGAGAGGGUUAUGGUUUUCACGAUGAAUUGCAAGGAUCACAUUGACCCGGCUCUACUUAGACCGGGUCGUAUCGAUGUUCAUAUCCAUUUUCCUCUCUGUGAUUUUUUGGCGUUCAAAACUUUGGCCAAUAGCUACCUGGGGGUCAAGGACCACAAGCUUUUCUCUCAGGUGGAGGAGAUUUUCCAGAGCGGGUCGAGUUUGAGCCCGGCCGAGAUCGGCGAGCUGAUGAUUGCGAACCGGAACUCGCCGAGCCGGGCUAUAAAAUCGGUCAUCACUGCGUUGCAAACGGACGGCGAUGGGAGGGGGGUCGGGAAAAUCGGACCGCGGUUGGGGAAUAGCGGGCCGAGGAAGUCCGUGGAGGAAGCGGGCGAAACGGGUGGGGCUUUUUGCAACGAAACGGGUCAUACGGUGAAGGAGUUUCGUAAACUAUACGGUUUCUUGAGAUUGAAGACCAACAAGGUCUCUCAUUCUCACUCGUUCGAUUCGGGUUCGACGCCGAAGGACGGGUGAAUGAUUCUCUACACUUCGAAACGUUUCGGGACAAAAAAAAAAAAAAACCACCGUUUCGGACGUGUCAAUAUUUCAAUGGGGGUACCAGAAUGAAAUUCAGAUAGGCCGGCAUAUCUUUUAGACGUCAUCAAUUGGUGCUAUGAUUACUUGUUCACAUGCAAACACAGGCAUAGUUUACUGGUGUCAGAAUUUGAUUGGUUGGAGCCUUUGCAGAUGCCCCAAUUAGAAUAUGAUUCUAUGAUGUUUAUUCUUCCUGAACAAAAAGUGUUUUGCCUUCAUCAAAUGUUUUUUGUUUUUUUUUUUUACUUUGUUAGGUAGCCCCGUGGGAAUGUAUAUCACAAUAUUUGUUUGAUGGUUAAUAGGAUACAAUUAAAUAGAUGGUACAUGCUCCCGUGUACAGUUGGUUCA